GGAAGGGUUCGGCAUAACAUCGAUGUCGGCCACUAGGGGGAGCCCCGAGCAGAGCGGCUCCGUUGCUUUCCGAUGGUUGACGGGGAGGGCGAAGCAUGAGCGCCAAAGAGCCGCUGCUGUGGACCCUCAAAGUGUGCAUCCUCAACCUUCAGGGAUGCAGCAGUCCACACACAGAUACCUCCCCACACCUUCAGUCCUUUUGUGAGACCCUUGAGAUGAUCCUUCGGAAAGGAAUGAAACAACCAGUUCUAGGAUUCAAGAGAAAGGACUACUGGCACUGGCUGGAACAGCUUCCAAACCAAGGAACCCAUCACAGUAUGCCACAUCUAUCAGUGAUAAUUGAGAAGACUAAUUCCUGUGAGAAGCUGCUGACGGCACAAGGAAGAGGGCGGUACUUUCUGCGCCAUGCUUUGAAUAGGAAGUUACUAGCUAUUGCUCUUCAGCAGCUGGUCAAAGCUCCCAGGAUGCUUGAGUGGUAUGAUCCAUUGACCUCUAUCCUGGGUAAUGAAGAGUUUUCUGAGCCUUUCCUCUCCCUGAUGCUUGUGGUGACAGAAAUGAAUUUCUCCCUAGAUUUGCAGAAUUCCAGUUUCUUGGAUGAAAGCUGGCAACUUCCGGUUUGCCUGAUGUACGAAACUGUCCCCUGCAGAGAACUUGGAAUGGUGCUCAGAUACUUGGACGGACGGAUUUUCGUCACGGAUGUGCUUCCACAGAGCCAGGCAGAGGUGGAUGAGGUUGUGUUAGUUGGAGACGUCAUUGAUGAGAUCAAUGGAUUUUCACUGAGGAAUGCAUACAAUGGGCAGGCGGGGACAGUGCUACAGAAAUUGAAAGGCAAACCACUAAGCUUCUGCCUCAUCCGGUGGAAAUGGCACGAUGGAAGAGCGUACAAGCCACUCUUGCCUUACCUGAAAAUUCUCCAGGAGAAAAUCCCCAGCUUCCAGCUCCAACAUGAGCAUAUACACAAGGAAGAGAAAGAGACCCGGAGCGUACAGGGGGGCAGGCUUCUGUACAACCUGCGGUACCUAGGCCAGGUCAAUGUAGGACAGUUUGGAAGCAAAGAGGUUUUAGACUGUGGCAUACGUGAGGUUUUGAAGAAAUGUGUACCACCACAGAUGGUUUUGUUUGAUGUCAAAGAAACAGAAGUCCUUGUUCAAGAGAAAGCUUCUUCCAAGGUUAUGUUCCAGUAUCCUUAUACUGACAUUUCCUGCGUGGGACGACGCCUGGACAACAACAAUCUGUUUGCCUUCUGCAGUGUGGCGUCACCAGAAUCUUCAGAGCACAGCAACUUUGACUGUUUUGUAUUUGAAUCAGAUUCUGAAGAAGUAUGUCAAGAAAUCAUCCAAAGAAUUGGUGAGGAUAUAUGUACUUUUCAGUAUAACUUUGGGUAAAUAGUAGUAAGAUCAUUAUAUUAGUUAAGCAAAUUGUAUCCAUUUGUUGUCUUUUGCUGGAAUAGCCACUGCUGGUAGAGCACCCCCCACCACCCUGACUAAUUAUAAGAAAAAGUUGAAAUCGCAUUGUGUGAAAACUGCCACUCAGAUAAGGGUUUCCACUAUUUGAGUUUAUACAGUAGAGUCUCCCUCAUCCAACAUUCUGCAUUAUCCAAUAUAGUCUGCCUUUUAGUAGUCAAUGUUUUUGUAAUCCGUUUUUUCAGUACAUCGAGAUGUUUUGGUGCUAAAUCCGUAAAUACAGCAAUUACUACAUAACAUUACCGUGUAUUGAACUGUUUUUUCUGACAAUUUGGUGUAAACAUGAUUUGGUGCUUAAUUUGUAAAAUGUCAUUUGAUGUUUAAUAGGCUUUUCCUUAAUCCCUCCUGAUUAUCCAACAUUUUUGCUUAUCCAACAUUCUGCCGGCCCAUUUAUGUUGGAUAAGUGAGAUUCUACUGUAUUUCAAAAUGCUAAAGGCUUGACCACUUAGUAUGAAGAAAUUAGACAUACUAACUCCCCGAGGCACCUAAGUAAUACUUUCAUAAUGUAGUUUUAGCAUAUUUCGAAAAGCUUAAAAGGUUUUCCAUGUUGGCUCCCUUUUAGCAUCCAUCAAAUAAAUAUUUUUAAGAUUCAAGCUAAAUCUUUAUAGUUGUUCUCAGCAUGUAAUAUCCAAAAGAUGAUUGCUCCAUAGCCAGAUGUAAAUCUUGCCAAACUGAAGUUCUGCACAGUUGUAGCGACAUAUUUGUUUCCUUAGCUGCUGGAUUUAAACGCACAGAAUGGUUUGUCUGAAAAGAGACGUGUUGAUUUAGUGCUGGGAUUCUGCCAAUAACUUCCUUCUGGAACUCCACUGGCCAGCAAGGAUCCCCUUCCAGUCAGUGACACCUUGGCAAGUGAGCUCUUGGAUUAAUGCAAUACUGGAAAUGGAUUAGAAUUUUGCACUGGACAUACUAUUUUGGAUACAUCUUCUACCAGACUCGGGUUUACUUCUGCUUUUUCAUAUUUGCACUGACACUUUCAAAAUUUGGAAUAAAAUUAAGCGCAAGCCAUA